AUGCACUGCAGAACCCUGGAAAUUGCGGUCCGCAAAGAGCCGCCGUCCGUGCAUGCGCACUGGCGCCGGGUGAGGAAUCCCGACCGGGACCACAGCUCCCAGUGGAGGGCCGUGUGCGCAGGUGCAGUGCCGGCCGUUGCUCCGUGCAGUGCCGACCGUUGCUCCGUGCGCAGGUGCAGUGCCGGCCGUUGCUCCGUGCGCGGAGUGCGCAGGUGCAGUGCCGACCGUUGCUCCGUGCGCAGGUGCAGUGCCGGCCGUUGCUCCGUGCGCGGAGUGCGCAGGUGCAGUGCCGGCCGCCCGGGCCGCGGUUCCGUGCGCGGAGCAAUGUCAAGAUGUGAGGAGGACAUGGAGCUGGGCGGAUUCCAAGUGUCGGACAGCCGCAGCAGCUCGGCCGAAAACAGUGACCUGGAGUCGUGGCAGGAGGAAGACGAAGAAUACUGUGAGGGAGCAGCGGGCCAGGCUGAGCAGAGUAUUUGUCUGGCUGAUGUGAAUCCCUACAUCCUGUGUCCUAUCUGUAGAGGCUACUUCAUUGAUGCCACCACCAUCACCGAGUGCCUGCAUACCUUCUGUAAGAGCUGCAUCGUGAAACAUUUUGACAACAGCAACCGCUGUCCAAAGUGCAACAUUACUGUCCACCAGACACAGCCGCUGUACAACAUCAGGCUGGACAGAAAAUUGCAAGAUAUUGUUUACAAGCUGGUGCCCAACCUAGAGAGCAGUGAGAAAAGACGGCUUCAUGAAUUCUACACAGAGAGAGGGCUUGAGGUCCCCAAGCCAGUUGUCCAGGUACCUAACAACGGUAAAGUGAGUCGUAUCCGAUCCCUGGGUAAAAAGCUGUCACUGUCCGUGGCUCCGCCAGAGGAUCCUCCACCUCAUCUUGACAUCUCUUUGGUGCUCGAGUUUAUUGGGGCUGAUCUUGGAAUUGGGGAUUACAAGCCGCUGCAGAAGAAGUAUGUCCGGGUGUCAGAGGAGGCAACGGUCCGACAUGUGGAAAAGUUUAUCCGAAAGAAGCUGGAAUUGGACCCAAUCUAUCAGGUUGACAUCAUCUGUGGAAACAAGAUCCUAGAACAUCACCAGACCCUGAGGCACAUUCGAAGGAGUGUCACCCACAGCAGCAUUCGGGAUGGACUACUUAUCCUGCACUAUGGACUUGUGCGUUCCCAGAAGUGAGGCUGGGCGCCCCAGUGCUGUCCAACAGCAGUGGUGCACCAUUCCUCAAGACACCGUUUACGACCACCAGGUGUAAUAGGGUGGUUUCAGUGACUGGAAGUUGUGUUCGGUUUGUGUCCAGAAUUUGGAGAUCGGCGCUCUGGGAUUGUGGCCCCGGUAUCAGUACGGGGAUCCGGAGAUUGACCCUGAAUGAAUUUGGAAUGUGGCGAUUGGCUCCAGGCUGAAUCGGUGGAUUGGCUACAGAUGGAUCUGCGGAUGGGAAGUGGCUGGCUGGCAGUGAGUUGGGCGGUCACUGAUGCAGCAUCUGUAACACUGCACUCUGUGAGGACCCGGUCCCUACCUGUUCCUGCCCUGUCACAGGUUUACAGCCGUCUCCGACCAUCCUGUCAAGCUUGUGUUACAUCGUAAGUAAAAAUGAUCGUGGUGACACCUACCCACACUGAGUUAGCUUUAACAGCACAUUGCACCUCCACACCCUGGGCCUGACCACUGACUGGACAAGUGGGUGUCACUCUCUGGGACUGACCACUGACCGACAGGUGGGUGUCACUCCCUGGGACUGACCACUGACCAACAGGUGGGUGUCACUCCCUGGGCCUGAUCACUGACUGGACAGGUAGAUGUCACUCCCUGGGCCUGACCACUGACUGGACAGGUCGGUGUCACUCCCUGGGCCUGACCACUGACUGGACAGGUCGGUGUCACUCCCUGGGCCUGCCCAGUGGUGGGAUGGGGGGGCAUAAUGGUUGUUCACUGUGGCAGGUGUCAAUACUCAAUAUUUGCCUUUGUACAGGAUGUUUUGCUUUUUUCUCCUUAAAUGUUCAGCAGACUUUUUAAAAUAUUUUUCUCCAGUUUGUAAAAUUCUUUGCUGAUAUAAUAAAAUUUGGGAUGAAUUAGUUUACUAUACAAAA